AGAUGCAUUUGAGAUAUCAAAAAAGUACUCCAGAGUGUUGUUCAGCAUGGGGGUGAAAGCAGCUAAAGGGCAAACAGCAGAGGCUCCAUCUUCCGGUCCGGUAACCAGAGACAAGAGUGGAGCCGUAGCCAUCACAGUUCACGCCAAGCCGGGCUCCAAACACAGUGGCAUCACAGAUGUGUGUGCUGAGGCUGUGGGCGUUUCCAUCGCAGCGCCACCUACAGAUGGAGAAGCGAACGCUGAGCUCGUCCGCUACCUUGCAGAAGUUCUGGCGCUGAAGAAAAGCCAGAUUUCACUGGACAAGGGUUCUAGAUCCAGAGACAAAGUCAUAAGAGUGGACUCCUGUUUGGAUCCAGAGGAGGUGCUAAGGAGGCUCAGACAGGCUGCCGGCUGAUCGGCAAAGAGCAGAUGGAAGCAGGACUGGAUGGAGGAAGGGUUUCAGAUAGGUUCUCCUCCAUCAGCGGCGCCAGUAAUGGAUGCGUAGAACUUCUGACUGUCCUCAUCUUCUCCACCUCCCAUUCUCAAAUGGACUCGUCCUAAGUUGGAGGAACACAGAUGAGCUUAGAAACAGGAAGUGAUGACACCAGAGGAAAGUUUUCCAAAGGUCUCCUUCGUGUUAAAUGUAUUGGUUCAAGAACAGAAUUAUCAUCAGAUGAUCCAUAACAGCCUCAAACCCUGAAGCACAGACCAGUGCUGGCUUUUAGAUAAUCACUGGGUUUCUGUUUUUUAACGGAGACCCAGUUCUGUUGUGACAUUUUAACCUCAUUCUAUCUUUGAGGCUUUAAAAACAAACCCUGAAGAGGCAGAACGUUGGUGCUUCAAACUAAAACACGUUUUGGUUUUUUUAUGAAAUACUGAACUCUAAUAAAAG